AUGGAGCAGGAGGCGGUCGCUCUUGGCCACGAUGUCCAGGUUAUCGACCCUGAUGUGCGCGGCUAUGUGUACAGUCUGGUGACUGCGCUUGGAGGCUUCAAUGGUGAAGAUGCGGACCGCUACGUACUGGGCGACGACGCCCUGGCUUGUCUGCGCGAUAUUAAGCGAUGGCUAAAAUUAUACGACGAAAAGAACAACCGAAUGGACGUGGCGCGAUGUCUCGGAGAAUCGAAUCUGGUGAACGGCGAUCUGCUUCCCAUUCUCUCGAUCUGGUGGGCCAGCGGUCAGAAGAGCAAGCAUAUGACUCGAGUGGCUCUAGCAUGCUUGGAACUUCUCGUGCCUUUAACCUGGCCGGUAGAGUUUCAUAGCCAGAUGACCGUCAAUCACCACCGCCACACCCCAUACAUCCAGCAAGUGCAAGUCCAAUACAAGCGCGGUCUCCUGAAGUAUGGCGGAUCGAAUCUCCUGCGCGCCGUCAUUCGAAUCGCCCUUCCGAGCAUGGCUAUGCCUAGAUCCGAACGCGAGUCUCGAGAUGAAGGAAUCCUCAAACUGAUGCUCUACUUUCUCCGAAACAUCGCCAUUAUCUCUACCAACGCACGUCUCGCAGCUGAAGGCGAAGAGGAGGAGACCUCCAGAUCGGCCACGAUCAAUGCUUUCCAGGAACAGGAUGCUUUUGCCCUGAUCUUGACCAUGUGCUCCAACGUUGGCGAUGAUUUUAGCCUUCAGGAUGUGGUUUUGCUGGAGAUUCUUUUCCAUCUCGUCAAGGGUGUCAAUGUGGAUAAAUUGUUUAUGGAUGAGGAUCAGCGAAAGGCCAAGCGGACCGACGAGCUCGGCGAUCUUCUGCAAAAAGAAAACUUGGUACGACGAGAAUAUGCCAAGAAUGCUCCCACACGGCAUGGGCGUUUCGGAACGAUGAUCUGGGUCAAGCGGGAUGACGCCAAGGUGUCGACUGUCUCUGGACAGGAUACUUUAAGGAACGAUCAGACCACACUUCAAAAGAUGGACCAGAGCAAGAAGUGGAACAAACCUCGCCCGCAACGAAGAAAAGAGGACGUGGUCCAGAAUAAUAACUUUAACAUGCCGGCUCAUCUCUCCUCGUUGGCGUCUAAGAACCUGAGGACAUUUGUGGAAGAAUUCCUGGACUCCGGGUUCAAUCCUCUUUUCACUCAUCUUCGAAAGGCAAUUGAACGCGAAGCUGAGAGAGUCCUUGACAUCAAUGCACGUCAAUUUUUCUACACAGUUGGCUGGUUCCUAGAAGCUGAACGUACUCGGCGAGCGCGACAGUCGAAGCAGCGUGCUGAGAAUGGAAAACCGGCCAAGGAUGUUGAACCAGAUAGCUAUGGGCUGGUUGCUGGAGUCUUGAACCAAGAGACAUUUAUUUCCCUUAAUCGGUCCAUGCAGAGCAGCUUUGACAACAAGGAAUGGGAAGAUCUGACUGCUCAGAUGCGCUGCUUCACGCAGAUAUUGUUGACUGUUCAAGAAAUGAAUGCAUCCCCGAUCGAGGAAGAUCAGGAAAUUGCUGAAAACAUCCAGAACCGAAUCUUUUACGAGGAAACAACACAUGAUCGAAUCAUUGCUAUCGUUCGCGGCUACAAGGACCAAGGCUUCGGCUACUUGGAUGCUGCUACAGAGCUCACGCAUGUGUUCUUGCGCAUGCUGGAACGUUACUCCAAAGAAAAUGCCGACAUGCAAAUUCGAUCUCGUCGCAGGGCCAGACGAAACAAGAAGAAGGCCGAGCAAGAUGGUGAACAAGGAGGCGAGGACGAUGAAGCACAAAACUCCGAAGACGAGGAUUUGGUGGAUGCUGCUCAAGUCACGAAGGAGCGUGCGUUUGAUUUCAAACGGUUCGCUGCCAAGUUCUGCAAUCAGAGCUGCGUGGACACCUUCGUCAAAUUCACCAGCUUCUACCGAGAGUUGAAUUCGGAGCAGCUAAAGAGAGCCCACCGGUAUUUCUACCGUAUCGCAUUCAAGCAGGAGAUGACUGUUCUGCUCUUCCGCCUGGAUAUCAUCAAUCUCUUUCACCGAAUGAUCAAAGGACCAGGAGCAAUGGACUCUAGCAAGUCCGUAUUCAAAGAAUGGGAGGAACUGGUUCGGCAGAUCAUUCGCCGACUUACCAAGAAGAUCGAACAGCGCCCUGCAUUGAUCACCGAGUUGCUUUUCAGCAAGAUGAACUCGACUGUCUUCUACCUCGAAUAUGGACAUGAAAAGCAAACAAUAUCCACUUCCAAGCGACCGCCUGCAGAGCUUCAAAUCAUAACGAAAGAAGCAGCGGCACCAGAGGCUAAAGUGGGGAUUGUGGUGGGUGCCCUCGUUCUUGACGGGCGGGCUGACCUCGCCAAGUGGGUUGUCGAUGUUCUGAAUUCGGCAGCUUCCGAAAGAGAAGCCUGGGAGGUAUCGGAGGAAGCCCGUCGCGCGGAAAACGCGAACCCGGACGAGGAGGUCGAUAGUCCUCCUAACCCUAUGAUUCCCGUGAAACCCCGUGAUGAUUCCUGCAAAAGUGCUAUGUUCUCGAAUGCGAAGCUGCGUCUCCUAAUGAGCCUUGUUGGGUUUGAGCGAGUUGGUAUGGAAGACGUGCCCGGUGCUACCUGGGUUGUUCCCGCGCCUCUAUCCUCCAAAGAUCUACGAGAAACCGUAUCGACCGUUAACAAGUCUCUGUUGAACCCCGUGCCGGAGGGCGGCGAUGAGGAUCCUCGACAGCUGCUUCGACGGAGAGAGGCAAGCAGUGCUCGGCAAAGCCUCGUGCAAGGAACUCUCGAUGUCAACUUCGGAUCUGACUCUGAAGGCGAAGAUACUGUUCCAGAUGGUCCUUUGUUCCCUCCAAACCCUCGGUCCAAGUCCAAUGCAUUGGAUGAACUGAAGAAGAAGCGCAAGAUGAAGAAGAAGGCGAAGGGUGAUGCCGAGACAGAACCCCUAGAUGACGAAACCCUGGAAGCUCGUCGCGAGGUGCGUCUUUCGAACGCCUUGGCCCGUCAGGCGAAGAUCAAGAGUGACCUCUUCAUCCACGCCAGUGAUGAGGAGAGUGACGCCGAAGCCGACGAGGAGUUUUUCCGACUUGAAGAAGAGCGGCGAAAAAAGCAAGCACAGAACGUGAAGAAGGCCCUUCUCACCGGCACCCUGGAAAAGGCCAAAGGCAAGGGAAAGGGAAAACGCAAGAGUGGCGGUGGUACCACUACUGCUGAACCGAAGCGACAGCGUCGUGGAUCCGGUUCUACCAGUGACCCAGCCAGUGACGGUGACGGUGACGCCGACGGUGACAUUCUCAUGGCCGAACUGGAUGCCCAAUCGCCCGGUUCCCCACAAGAAGUCUCAACCAGCCAUGUUGCGCCGGACGAGGACACACCCGUUACAUCUGCAGUGGAUGACAUGGACUUUGACGAUGACCUCGUCUUCAGUCGGGAUCGACAGUCCAAGGCAGCUCCCGAAGCCGAUGCAGACGAGGAAGACACGUUCGUGGCGCCAUCUCGCCGGCGUAUGCGGGGUGGGUUCGUGAUUGAGAGCGACUCUGAGUAG